UACGUAAAAGAAAAUAUGGAAUUGUUAAUAUUAUUUCGUGUAUCCGUAAUAACCAUAUUAUUUGUCUUCAUCUUUGUAUUGCUGAUUUUGAGAAUGAUGGAGCCAUAAUUUUGUAAUAUCUGGAAUCCAAUAACAUUGCCUGUGAGCUGAAGGAAACGCGAAUCAAAGCCAAGAUUCACGUGCUUCAAUAUAGUUCCCUGGUUUUAUUCGUGGCAUUCAUCCAUCGAUUGGUACUCUUAAAAGCAAGCCAGCAGCAUACAUUUGUGGGCCCGAACACCACCACCACGACUUCUACUCCGUUUUGUUUUCGUCGUUUCGUGUUCGUCGUAAUGAAAGAUUAAGAUUUUUCUUUUGGCCAAAAGUAGAUGGUUGUAAGAUUUUAACAUUCAGUUCCGAAUCGAACGCUGUAAGAUCAAGACGUCUUGGCCACCAAACAGUUCGUUGCAACUCGUUGAUUGUACGCCUACAACAAAAAAAAACGAAUGUCUUUCUCUGGAUUUUCUUGACUCCGGUUUCGGUGACAAACUCAGAACAAUCGUAGAGCUUUGUGUUGUGUGUCUGUUGCGCUGGAAGAAGACCAUAAAGCCGGUCUUUUUCGUGUGAGUUCUUUCAUUGGCAAAGAAAUUUCGUUCAAGUUAACCGAAAAGUAAAAGAAACGAAAAAAAUAAACGUAAAAAGAAAGAAACUGGCUCUAAAGGAAAAGUUGUUGCCCAGUCAAGCAAAGAAAUAAAAUUUCUAAGUUUUCAAAGAACAACGAUUUGUGCAAUAACUUCUUUUGCUGUUGCCUUGGCUGUCGGUCUGUUUUGUGUGUUGGUUUGUGCCAAAGACAACAAAAAAAGUCGAACAAUUCAAUUCAAAAGUGACACAAUUUGUUAACCGAAAAAUAAAAACAGAAGCAGAAGAAGAAGCAAGUUUUUCAAAAAAGAACGAAUAUAACACAAAUUUCGCAUGGAAGUGUCUUAACAAUCAAAAGAAUCAGAACAGAACUUUUUUUCAGUCAAGUAAUUUCGUGGUGUGGAUUAUAUAGAACACCUAGAGGUUUUUGCAAUUUACUCUACAUGAGCUUAAUGUCCGAUAAAAGUUUCAAAAUGAAGAUGCGCGAUGUUGAAACAGCCUUCAAAUAUAGGCGUUUUCCCUAUCCCAAAAGAUCCGUUGAACUGAUUGCCUUACUGGCCAUAUCCUGCACAUUUUUCUUAUUCAUGCACACAAAUAAACUCAACAGUCGCCUUAAAGAGAUGGAAAUGAAAUUACAGCCAUCAGAAUUUUCAGCACUCGGUCUGACAGGCAGCAAUCAUUUGGAUGGACCUAAACCCGAAGACAUCAACACCCUCCAUGGCACUUAUCAAUAUUUGAAAAGCACUGGCCAGCGUCAUCAGCGACACAUUGAUCGUGAUUUAGAUGAGCAUGAAUCGACACAUCAAAUACGAGUACCCAAGAAUCGAAAGAGACAUCAUCUUAGUCACCACAAGAAAAGUGAUCGCUUGCAGUUGGCCUUGGCCCCGAACGGCAAAGCCGGUGACAAACAUGAAAAGCAUGGAGGCAAAGCCGGAAAAACAAACCAUGGCCAUCAUGGUAAGAAGCAUCACAGCAAACAUCACAAGAUGGCACAUGAUGAUGAUGAUGAUGACGAGGAGGAGUAUGAUGACGAAGACAAUUAUGAUGAUGACGAUGAUGAUGAAGAAGAAGAUGAAAAGCCUGGCCAUGGCCAUAAAAGUAAACACCCCAAAGAAGAGACCGAAGAGGAAUAUGAAUACGAAGACGAUGAAUUGUAUUCGGCUGAUGCAUUGAAUAACACCAAAAGAGCUGAGGUCGAUGUUGUAUUCUUCAAUCGGGUACCCAAAGUGGGUAGCCAAUCUUUGAUGGAGUUAAUGGUAAAAUUGGGUAAAGUCAAUAAUUUUGUACACUCCCGCGAUGUGGGAAAACCCCAUGAGACCAUAUUCCUCCAGCCACCCAAGCAAAAGGAAUUGAUUCAUGAAAUCUAUAAUCUGACACGGCCACGCAUCUACAGCCAGCACAUUGCCUAUAUCAACUUUACCCAACACCAUAUGCCACGGCCAAUUUACAUUAAUUUGGUACGCGAUCCCAUUGAACGCAUCCGUUCGUGGCAUUAUUAUGUACGUGCCGAAUGGUAUUAUCGCGAUUUGAAGGCCAAGUUGGGUGACAGAGCACCACCAAUGCCGCCAAAAGAAUUUAUGGAAAUGGACUUGGAUACCUGUGUCAAGACCGGAGAUAUCCACUGUCAAUUCAAUCAAAUGCAAAUUAAGAACCCGGCUGGAGAUCAUCGUCGUCAGACCUUGUUCUUUUGUGGACAAAACAAGAAGUUGUGCAUGCCCUUCAAUUCCAAAGCUGCCAUGCAAAAAGCCAAGCGAACCGUAGAGGAAGAUUAUGCUGUAGUGGGUACCUGGGAAGACACCAACAUUACGCUGUCAGUUUUGGAACACUAUAUACCACGAUUCUUUACAAAUGCCAAAACGGUGUAUUAUGAGGGCAGAGACCGUUUCUCCCGUGUCAAUAAGAACAACGUUACGCGCCCCAUCAGUGAAGAGACCCGCAUGAUAUUGAGCAAAAAUCUCACCCAUGAAAUUGAGUUCUAUGAAUUCUGCAAGCAGCGUCUCUAUUUGCAGUAUAAUGCCAUCAGCGAUGGCCAAUCUUUGGACAAUGAUGACUACAUGUUGAUACCGGAUAGUCAAGAAGAAGAAGUCGACGAAGAAGAGUAAACUCAGUGCUUUUUUUUUUGUAAAGUUUUAAUGUACUUAGAUCCAUAAGCUAUAUUAAGAUACGCAAUUUUUUUUACCUAUGUAUAAUCAAAGAAUUUCUAAAGUCUUAGCGAAAAUAAAGUACAAUUUAAUAAAAAAACAAAUAUUUUUGAAAGAAA